GAGGGCAAUCAGAGCACACAGCCCUUGCUCAGAUUGCCCAAAUCUGCAGGGAUUCCUGAGGGAAAGCUGCCCCUGAAGGCUCUGGAAGGGUUCAGGAGCCCUCAGAUCUCUAGCCAUGGCUUCGCAGGAGGACACACAAGAGGGAGAUGCAAAGGCACAGCUCCUGGCAGAGGCAUUUCAGGAGGAAGGACUGGAUGCUGGAUUCUGGCUGCCCAAGUCACAGAUCCUGGGAAUCGAGUGCAGAGAAGCCCUGCAACUUUUGGAAUACAAAGAGUACCUCAAACUGGAGUGUGAGGUACAGCAUCCCUGGGAGAAAAAGGCGCUCCAGAAACUCCUGAAAAUAGCAGAUGACAAAACAGCCUGUAAAGACGUGCAGAAGAAGCAAUUUGAGAAGUCAAAGGAAAGGCAAGAAGUGGCCAAACAAGCCCUGAACGAUCUGACAGAAAUGCUCAACAGCCGCUGGCACAGGUACAGCCAGGAUGAGCUGAGGGAGAAAACAGAGACUCUGUGGCGAGCCAUGGAGAUUCCCAAAGAGUUCUGGCCAUCACCAAAGAAACCUUUGAAGGAAAUGCUGCUGAGCAUCCGUAAGCACCUGGAGCAGCAGUAGGAGUUGUUGACAGGCAGGAGGGAGAACAUCCCUGACACUGAGGUGCUGAGGCGGGCAUCGGGGGGACUGGCCCUGCAGGGCAUCUACAGAACCAGCAGAGCUGGAGAUGUGCUGGCAACACGAGAGCAGCUCCUCAGGGUUCCUGAGGGAUUCCAGCUCUCUGGUCCAGAGCAAGGAUCAGUGCUUGAGAGGAGGGAGUUCUCCUCUGCAGCAGAAUCCACUUUCACCAAGUCCAUGGAGCAGCUGGGGUUCACCGUGAGCGUUUCUUCCAAAUUUGAAUUCUGGGGGAUUAAUCUGGGGUUGGGUGUAGAUCACAGCAACUCCCCACAGUCACAGGACACCAACCAGUCCCACUCUGAGCAGAGCUACUUCAGCACCACCAAGUUCCAGUACAUCCCCCUGGCCUCCUGCUACUUCCAAAGGCAUCAGCUUCGCCUCUCGCAUGCGGCUCUGCAGAGGCUUCAAGCCAUGGAGUGGAUUUUGCGCAUCCCUAGGAAAGAAGACAACCCCAGCUUUGUAAAGAGGUGUGAGAGCUUCUUCAGCAGGUUUGGGUCCCACAUAAACCAGGGUCCCCUCCACUUUGGGGGAAUAUUCUGGUGGAAGGCGUCCACAGAAGGAUUCCGAGCCGAGCAGCGGGAAGAGGUGAAGCGACAAACGUCUGAAGCACAGAACAGCUUUGUCAGGAAGAGCUAUGGUGACUUCCUGGGGAGGGCAGAAGAGGCCUCGGAUGUUUCUAAAUCCAGCACAAAGCCCUGUAUCUUCGUAAGAGCAGGAGGGAGUUCCCAUACAGAAAUUCAGCUCUACGCAGUCAACACAGGGGGCCCAGCAGACACAGCUUCUCUACCUCAGUGGAAAAUGGGGCUCGUGUCAGAUAACACAACGUGGUGCGUUAUCGACCGCGGAUUUAAGUUGAUCCCAGUGUGGGACAUCAUCCUCUACAAUCACCGCAGGGAUUUUGAGUCUGCUGGUCAGAUGAGAAGAGCCCUCAGAGAUGCCUACAGAGCGCUGACGAAUGAGAGCAUUGGCACCAUUUUUGGAGAGGAACUGGGCAGUGCAGUGCAAGAGGCCAGAGAUUUCAUGGAGACUGUGAAGGCCUGGGAGGUGACGGUGGAUGAAACGAAGCUGCUCAUGCUGAUAGAGCUCAAAGAUGAUCUGAAUGCAAAAACCAGGAACCACAGUGUGUGGAUCAACGUGUGCCUGUCCCACAAAGCCCUGCAGGACUUCCUGGUGAACACCAUGCGGAGCUGCCAGGAGUCACCUCCAGAAAACACCACCUUUAUCAAGGAAAUGUUGAGAAACCUCCUGGAUCCUCAUAUCUACUCUGUCAAGGACUUCCCUGAGGCUUCUUUCAUUAUGCAAUGGAUCUUCCAGACUGACCCGCUGCUUCCCAGAUCUCCCAGAAUCUCUGAGAUCGAAGACCUCAUCCAAACACUGCAGCAAAUGAAGGAGCACAUCUAUACUAUCACCUACGCACCAGGAAGCUCUGCUUCUGCUGUUCAUGAAGCAAAGAUAAAAGCCACUGUGACCAGCAGCCUCGCCAUUUAUUCCUUACUCCAGUCUCUGCAGGAACGGGCUGAGAAGGACAUGGAACUGUUGGUGCUCUUGAUUGCGACCAGCACAGGGUACCAGGUGGAAAGCAGCACUUUCCAGCACCUCCUUGGACAUCCAGAAAUUCAGUACAUGGCCAAGGAAAUGGAAGCGGCACAUGAGGAGUACGUGAACCUGAAGGAACAGGAUGCUGACAGAGCUGAGGCCUCCCUUCUGCUGACAGGUCUGACUGUGACACCAGAAAGUGAAAAGCUGUCCCCUGAGCAGAAGAGGGAGCGUUUAGUUUUCAUGGAAGAUCACAUGAAAGGCUUGUGGUCCACAGAGAUAAAGAAUCUCCUCCAAAAGCACAGCGCAGGCACAGACUGGGAGAGGCUGGAACAGGACUUGCAUUCCUUGAUCAGUGGGUGCUUGGAUGACAAAUGGGAUGAACACAGAAUGCAGAACAUAGUAAGAGGUAUGGAAGCUGUUAACUGUGGAUUACCAGGUGAGGAAGCAGCCCCAGAAUGUGCAAGCAAGGAUGGCCAUGUGCACCCCAUGGACCUGCAGAUGGCCAUUUUCCACUGUGCUGAUGACUUCCUGAGACAGACCCUUGCAACGUUCUGCCAACUGGCGCUGCCUCUGCUGCUGCCCAACCCGGACACUUCACACAUUGAGUUCCUGCUCUAUGCCCUCAGCCAAAUCCAAAGGAGCUGGAAAGAGUUGGAGAAGUCAGGAAAGCAGGCCCAAACAAAGAGUUACAACAACAAACUCAUCUUCCAGGCACAGACUCCCAUCGUGUCCUUCAUCCGCAUUGGCAGCUCGGCCUCCUCUUCCAAGUCUCAGCUCCUGAACGCUCUGCUGAGCAAACGCAAACACGACACUUUCUUCCACUGCCACUGCAGAGGCAGCACCAGAGAGCGCUUGCUGAUGGAAGGGGUGGUGGAGAUCGCCUGGUACUGCCCCCGUGGAAGCCCUGAUGACACCUUUGAGAGCUGCGUGGCUUUCUGUAACCUGCAUGGAGACGCCAGGGAUCACGGAGCACAGCUGCAGUUCCUGCAGGACAUAUCUGCUGUCAAUGUGGCUCUUGUGUCUGAUUUGGAGCAGAUGGACAACAGGGGGAAAAAGCUUCUGCAGGAGCUGUGGCAGUCACAAAGGCCUUUGGUUUGUCUUCUCCCAGAAAAAGAGAACGUUGCAGCUGGACAAUCCAGCCAAAAUAUAAAAAUAGGAAUCAAGAACAGAAACGAAGCAGAACUGAUGGACCAGUUGAUCAAAAUGAUCAGGGAUCUUCUGGAAGGGUCUAAUCCAUGUUUCAGCCUGGAGGCCUGUGCGGACAAAGCUCGCCAGCACGGAUUUGUGGUGGAUGCAAAUCAACCUGCGUGUGAGACAGCCAAAGCAAAGGCAAAGGAGCUGGUGGACCUUCUGAAGAAAGAGAAGCUGUCUCAGAUCAAAUCCCAGCUGCUGCCACUUCAAGGAAAACUGUGGUACCAGUGGUGCAAAAAGGACAAAGAACUCACUCGCCUGCAGGAGAAGGGGAACAAGAGCAUUGAGCAUCAUCGCAGCCAAAUUGAAACUGAGAAGAAAGCACUAAGAAGAAAGCAACUUGAGCAAGCUUUCCCUCUCAACCCACUGAUGAAAUCAUUCCUUGGCUUUCUCCAGGCCCAGCCAUCUGAUACCAAGAAGUAUUUCUUGCAGUGGAUGAAGUUCUUUAUGGAUGAGCUGUCCUGUGGUCGCCUUGAAGAACUGAGGAGAGACUAUCACAAGUUAUGGACUGAAAUCCUGUCAGGGAAGAAAAACAAGAAAAUACCCAGUGUAAAUGAUCCAUUGCAGAGUCGCUUGGAUACUGUCUCUGAUGAAAUCAAUGAUUCAUCCAUUGGCCUGGAGCACCUUCUGAGAGAAGUAGGUCAGAUUUAUGAAGCUCUGGAAUUAAUGACCUCCAAGGAAGACAAUUUUGCCAAACUGCCAGAAAUUGCAGCAGAGCUGAUGGUUUCGGGGUAUCCUGUGGAGCUGAUGGAUGGGGACGCUUCUUACCUGCCCCUGCGCUGGGUGGGAGCAAUCUUUGACAGCUUAAUUGAGAGGCUGGGGGACAAACGAGUGUUUGUGCUCUCCGUGCUCGGCAUCCAGAGCUCAGGCAAGUCCACCCUGCUGAAUGCCAUGUUUGGUCUGCAGUUCAACGUCAGCGCGGGGAGAUGCACCCGUGGAGCCUUCAUGCAGCUCAUCCCAGUGGGGCAGGAGCUGCAGCAAGACUUGGGCUUUGAUUUUGUGCUGGUGGUUGACACAGAGGGACUUCGUGCCAUCGAGAUGGCCAAUAAACAGUCCCUGAACCAUGACAAGGAGCUGGCCACCUUUGUCAUUGGUGUUGGCAACAUGACUGUGAUCAAUAUUUUUGGAGAAAAUCCAUCAGAAAUGCAAGAUGUUCUCCAGAUCGCUGUGCAGGCUUUCCUGAGGAUGAAGAAAGUCCAUCUUUCCCCAAGCUGCCUCUUUGUGCACCAGAAUGUGGGAGAAGCAACUGCCAAGGAGCAGAACAUGGAAGGACAAAGGCGUUUACAGGAAAAGCUGGAUGAAAUGACCAGGGUAGCUGCUCAGCAGGAAUUCUGUGACGUCUCCUCCUUCAGCGACGUCAUUGGCUUUGAUGUGAAGACCCACAUUCACUACUUUGCUCACCUGUGGGAAGGAAACCCCCCAAUGGCACCACCCAACCCCACCUACAGCCACAACGCCCAGCAACUCAAGAGCAAAAUCCUCCAGGCUGCCAAGCAGCAGUCACAGCGCAGCAUUUUGAGGCUCUCAGGCCUGAAAGAUCGUAUUGGUGACCUCUGGAAUGCUUUGCUGAAUGAAAACUUUGUUUUCAGCUUCAAGAAUUCCCUGGAGAUUGCUGCAUACAGGAAACUGGAAAGUGCCUUUAGUCAAUGGACCUGGAGGCUGAGGAGUCACUUCUUAGAUGUACAGAUGAGACUGAACAACAGAAUUCAGAAUGGGGACUUGCAGAAGGUCACCAAAGAACACCUUGAAGGGCUGCUGCAAGAGACAAGUGAUGCCAUUGAGAAAGAAGUGGAAAAGUAUUUCAGGGAAGACAAAGACUGUGAGACACUGCUCCAGUGGAAAUCAAGUACAGAGCUGAAGCUGAAAGAACUGAAAGAGACUCUUCUUCAUGAAGUGAAAAAGAAAUGUGAGAAUCUGAUUGAGCUACAGAAGGAGCAGAGGAAACUGGAUACAAGGAAGUUGGAAUAUGAAGCUGAGCUCCUGAGAAGGAGUAGGGAGCUGGCUGUGACUCUGAAAGGGAAGAGCCUCAGUGACAGAGAACUGAAGGACAACUUUACUCUUGUCUGGAACAGUUGGAUUGCUGAAGUGUCCCGUGCUGCUCGUCCACCAGAAUGGGUGGAUAUUGAUGCAGAAAUUCAAGAUGUUCUUCUAGAGCACUUUAAGGAGCCAGGUUUCCAUGCACAGAUCAGGUCAUUUCCCAGGGACAUCAGAUUUUCUUUAGAGAUGGAGAAGCACAUCUCAAAGGAAAAGUUAUUAGGUUAUAUUCCAGAUCCCAGGAGCAUUUCCAGUACUGUUCUGAAAAACUUUCAGUACAUCACAGACAACGUCAUAGCGUGUGUGAAGGCAAACAUUGAUAAGAAGGAGGAGGAGAAACGGGAUUACAGUAGAAAUUUUAUUCAUGAAAUACUCAAUGAAGUACAGAAAGGCGUGGACUUUGUGCCCAGCAAUGCAAAAUGUACUUUUAACAGACAGUACAUGAUAGAUUUGUCUCUGUAUCUGUGCAAAAUGGCAGCAGAAAGGUUUAAAGCCAUGCAUGAAGCAUUCCAAAAGGCAAAUGACCCAGUUGUGUACCUGAACAGCAAGAGAGAAGAUUUCUUCCGAUGUUUCAAGAUUUCCUGCCAAGGAGCCACUUCAAUCACAACUUUUGUUUUUUUUCUGUGUGACAAGAUUGAACCAGCUCUUUGCAAGGCAGUCUUUGAGAGGACGGCUAAAGACAUUGCUGAGGACAUGAAGAGCAAAUUCCCAGACUUCAAGAGCAACAGAGCCAAUCUGGAAGUUUGCAUCCUUAGAUACCUGGCAGAAGAAGAAAAUUUUGAGUAUUUCAAGCAGGAACUGGCAGAGGUGAUCAACUUGCCCAGAAGUGAGCUGAAGGGCAUCGAGCAACAGGAAGUCACAGACAUUGAAUUCCUCAGCAGUGCCAUGGCAAAAUCUCUUACUGACCUGAGGGACAAGCUCAAGGCAGAAUUGGCUGAUGCUGACCUGAGCUCGUUUGCAAGGAAACCCCACACCAUCCUGGCAGAGCAUUUUUCAGGGUGCUGGGAGCAGUGUCCCUUUUGUGGCUCUGUCUGCGCAAACCUGAUACAGAACCAUGAUGGAGACCAUCAGUCAGACUUCCAUCGUCCACGUGCUUUGAUGGGAACCAGGUGGCGUGAGACAGACCACCUGGUCAUUGAUAUUUGUUCCAGCCUUGUUUCAAGCAACUGUAAAUUCAAUGUUGGUGAUCAACAAUGGAUCUGCUACAAGAAAUACCGCAAUGCAGGACCUCCUUAUUCUACUUGGAACAUUGUUCCUGAUUCAUCCACGCAGGUGUACUGGAAAUGGUUUGUGUCUCAUUUCAGGGCAGAGCUGGAAGAUUUGUACAAUAAGAAAUUUCAGGGCAAAGGAGAAAUCUCUGAGGCGUGGCAGAGAAUUACCAAGCAGGAAGCACUGUCUGACCUUGACACGUGUUUGGCUACAUCCAUGGGAAGGAAGAACCACAGUGGCUCGGCAGUUUAG